CUGACUCCCCCUUUUUUAUCUUUAAAACUGUUCAGACUGAUUUGCAAAAAUGCCAAGUAGGAAAUUCGCGGACGGCGAGGUGGUAAGGGGCCGGUGGCCUGGGAGUUCACUGUACUAUGAAGUGGAGGUUCUGAGCCAUGACAGCAAGUCCCAGCUUUACACGGUCAAAUACAAGGACGGAACGGAGCUGGAGCUGAAGGAGAGUGACAUCAAGCCUUUAGGUUCCUUUAGGCAAAGGAAAAGUGGCUCAACUUCCAGCUCCCCGUCCAGACGACGAGGGAGUCGGUCAAGGUCGCGCUCCCGCUCCCCCGGCCGAGCAGCGAAGGGUUCCCGCCGGUCCGCCUCUGCCUCACACCAUGUGGACAUCAAGGAAAUGAAGAAGGAAGUGUUGGAAGUGAAGUUGACUCCACUGGUAUUGAAGCCGUUUGGAAAUAGCAUCAGCCGGCACAACGGGGAGCCGGAGCAGCGAGCGCGGAACGCCGUGCCGCACAGGAGCGCGCAGGAACAAUUCCCUUUGUCACAAGAAAGUAGUUACACGUCUACACAGCCUAGCCUUCGUCCAAGAAGAGAAGAGAGCAAAUUUAAAAAAAUAGACUUAGAGGAAGAAAAAAUUGUUACGAAAGGACCUACAUUGUUGAGAACCUGGGAAGUGACAGCCACACAGACGAAGGACUUGGAGUUCGGAGGAGUCCCUGGUGCGUUUCUUAUCAUGCUCGGCCUGCCUGCCUUCCUCUUCCUGUUGCUGUUGAUGUGCAGGCAGAGGGAGCCCAGUCUUCUGAACUUCCCGCCGCCUCUGCCAGCUCUGUCUGAUCUGUGGGAAGCCAGAGUGUUUGGGGCCUACCUCCUCUGGUUUUGUGUUCAGGCUUUGUUCUACUCGCUGCCAAUCGGGAAGGUGGUAGAAGGAACGCCGCUGGCCGAUGGAAGAAGACUCCAGUACAGGCUAAAUGGGUUCUAUGCUUUCAUCCUGACGUCGGCAGCCGUGGGAGCCGCUCUCUUCUGGGGCGUGGACCUCUGCUACGUGUACCACCAUUUCCUUCAGUUCGCACUGGCGGCCCUCGUGUUUGCUGCCGGCUUGAGUGUUUAUCUCUACGCGCGGGGCCUGCGUGCGCCCCGGGGGGAACUGUCUCCGGCCAGCUCUGGUGAGCAACUUCACUUGGAUACUUUACACACAGAAACUUCCCCCAAACUCUGUUUCAAACCUCUUCCGGCGCCUCGCCCGCAGGAGGCAGUGCUGACCACCAUGGACAUCAUCCAUGACGGCUUCGGCUUCAUGCUGGCCUUCGGGGACCUGGUGUGGGUGCCCUUCGUCUACAGCCUCCAAGCCUUCUACCUGGUCCUCCAUCCCAACGAGGUGUCCUGGCCGCUGGCGGCUCUGAUUGUCGCUCUGAAACUUUGUGGAUAUGUGAUCUUCCGAUGUGCAAAUGCUCAGAAAAAUGCAUUCCGGAAAAAUCCCGCUGACCCAAAGCUUGCACAUUUAAAGACCAUUCAUACUUCAACGGGAAAGAAUCUUCUAGUUUCCGGAUGGUGGGGCUUCGUUCGCCACCCCAACUACUUGGGCGACCUCAUCAUGGCCCUGGCCUGGUCCCUCCCGUGUGGUUUCCAGCAUGUCCUGCCCUACUUCUACGUGGUCUACUUCACCGUGCUGCUCGUGCACCGCGAGGCCCGGGACGAGCGCCAGUGCAGGAGGAAGUACGGCCUGGCGUGGGACCAGUACUGCCAGCGCGUGCCCUACCGCAUCGUCCCCUACGUGUACUGACCUCCCGCCGCACCCAAAGGGGCCUUCGCGCGUCGCACUGAGAGGUUCUGUAAGCGCCUUUCUGAGCCGGGACUGUGGAGCCAAGUAGUCAGUCUUUUACGAUAGCCCCGAGUAUGAUUUCCAAAUCACAGCAUUUAACGCGAGGAAAGACAAAGAUGUUAAGACUUUGCACUCAAAUAGGAAAUGUCUAGCCCUUAAAAAUCUGCAAGCCAGUGACAUUAUUGCCCUGAGAAGAACACUUUCCAUGUUUAUGGGUUUGAUUUUAAAAUGCCGGUAUUGUUUUAUAAACACUGUUACAAGGACAGUGGAGUGUGUUUUACUGCAGGAAGAGAAUAGCAUUUGCCUUCAAGUUGAAGUAAGAGGUUAUUAGCAGCGCUGUUCAAGGGACACCAUUCGUAGUAGCUUGCUUACCCUGAACUUCUGAACCUGCAUUCAGAAAUGUAAAUACAUAGCCUUUAUGUAAUAUAUGGUGACUCUGGGUUUCUCUGUACAGUAUUUUGAAUGUGAAAUAAUUGUCAGGACUAAGUAUCUUAACAAAAACAUUUGCAGUAUUUUAAAUUAAGUUCUGUAAAGUAAUACAUGUGAAUUAUAAUUUUUGAAACAGAAUUCAUUUGGUAUUUUGUAAAAGAUGCUAUUAAGACAUAGGAAGGUUAUUUUUCUUAAUCCAAAGUUUGCAAAUUAGGCUUUUCUACCUCAAUUGCAGGUGUUUGUUUGCCUUUAUAAACUUGCAAAUAGAAAAAAAAAUAUUAGAAUAAAUAUAUAUUUUUGGAGUAACAGCCCUAUUUAAACAUUUUUACACAGGUUGGUGGUUGAAGACUUGCCAUUUCAGGCUAAUAUUUUUAUAUGUUUUUGACUUUUUUAAACUGUGUUUUUGCUACUGCUGAGCUCAUGCAGUUUAUACUGUAUUUUGUACAUUCUUUAUGUUCCAAAACUCUGCUGCCUGUAAGGGAGUGUGGUAUUCAGCUAAAAACAAUGCAAGGGAAUAGUUUAAAAUCCUUUCUCUUAGUCUAAUAGGUGUAGCUUUAGCUGUUAAAUUCUAGUUAAUAGUCUCAUGAUUAAUUGUUCUGUAAGGAAAGCAAAUCCACUAAACUUCUGUAUUUGAAUUUCAGUUCUCAGUACCUUAGCAUCUAGUAAGUAAGGACAGUGCAGAUGUUGAGUUGAAGGAUGGAUUUCACAUGAGCCACGUGGGUCUGCGCGUGCGUUAGUUCAGGGCCGUGCACAGAGGUGGGUGUGCGUAGCGCCCUGUACUCUGCAGACACUGCUUCCCCCUGGCUCACCAGGGCGGCUCUGGGGACGGAGGAAGGGUGCGGACUCUCCCCCAGAAUGAGAAAGUGCCUGACACCAGUUACCUUUUGCUUCUUGUGUUUUAAGUUGGAAAUAAAGAGAUAGGACCUGGA